AUGCAUGCCUAUGGCCACGAAUGGUCGUGCCAACUUGUUUACAACCCAUGCAUAUGCGAAGGCCUUGGCCUUUCAGACGGAGAAGGCACCGAGAGGCUAUGGUCAAGAUUUAUCCACUUGAUAGGUAUUCAGCGCUCCUCAUCUAGACAGCGUCGGUUAUGGCUACUUGACCGACAAGCUGCUGCCAUCGGUCUUGAGAUGCGCGCUGACCUCGGUGAUUGGAUCCGGCGUCGCCUUAAGCGGGGAAUUCAUGAACAAGGGACAGCUGCACAGACCACGCUGAGUGAGUGUGAUGCGACGAUUGAAGAUCUGCGACAUCAAUGGGCUCUGCAGCGACAUCACCAACGCCUCAUGGACAAAGUUGAUGUGUUAUAUGCUUCCCUCAACGUUCACGACAAGUUCCCUGAGCUGGAAGGAAUAAACAUCGAAUUUGUUCGGACACUUCUCUUGGCACGUGACCUCAAGAUCAACAUUCGGAAGCGUGCAAUUGGAAGCUUCUUUGAAUGGGACAAGCUCGAUCAUGCCGUCGGUGGCACACAACAAGCAUUAGGGAUGAAACUUCACCAGCAGACCCGAAAGGCCAUAUUGAAGCGACAACCAGCCUUGCUGGCUGCACUACGUAAAUUCAAUGGAUACUGCGAACACCUUGAAGAACUAUAUGAACCAGGCUGUGGUAUUCCUCUUCCAAUGCCUCUCCCCACCAAGCUGAAUGAACUCUGCAAUGAUCAAACACUGAUGGAGGAUAUUUGGAUCACGCCUUCAGUUGGGGAGGUUCCUCGUUGGCUGGAUGAUCAGGAUAUUCGUGAUGGGAUACGUGCUAUGUUAAAGCGCGAUAGAUGCAUCGAGCAGCGACGUCUUGGGCUAGAAGCUGACAAUCUUUGCAGGUGGUUUGGUGAUGAACUCGCUGCAAUAGAACUCGCCCUGCAGUUGCCUGAAAACAUCAGAUUUUCUAUCUUACUACGUCAGCGGUGGGAACAUCUCCAACAUCUUCAAAUCCGUUGGUCUAACCCACUUGCGUCAUCACUACGGUUUGAGUCCCGUGCAAAACAUGCUGAAUCGUUAGCGAUGCGGAUCUUAGGUGCUUCCAAAGACACUGCGCUUCACUGGAUUCCUCAAACAUCGAUAUCCUGUGCCACUACCCUGGAGGAGGGCGAAGAGGAGGGCGAAGAGGAUCCAGAGGUUAUCCUCCACCCGAGCACAUUGCCCUUGCUGACAUAA